AGAAAUCUUCUCUACAUAUACCCUCAGAGUCUCAAUUUUGCCAAUCGUCAAGGUUCUGCCAGAAAUAUAACAGUGAAAGUUCAGUUUAUGUAUGGGGAGGAUUCGAGCAAUGCCAUGCCGGUAAUCUUUGGUAAAUCUAGCUGUUCAGAAUUUUCAAAGGAAGCCUAUACAGCCGUAGUAUAUCAUAACAGGUCUCCUGAUUUUCAUGAAGAAAUCAAGGUUAAACUCCCUGCUACUUUAACUGACCACCAUCAUUUGCUUUUUACUUUUUAUCAUGUUAGUUGUCAACAAAAGCAAAAUACCCCUCUUGAAACUCCUGUUGGAUAUACAUGGAUACCAAUGCUUCAAAAUGGACGAUUAAAGACUGGGCAGUUUUGCCUACCAGUCUCGCUGGAAAAGCCACCGCAGGCUUAUUCUGUGCUGUCUCCUGAGGUUCCUCUACCUGGCAUGAAAUGGGUAGAUAAUCACAAAGGUGUUUUUAAUGUGGAAGUUGUUGCUGUUUCAUCUAUCCAUACACAAGAUCCUUACCUUGACAAGUUUUUUGCUCUGGUCAAUGCUCUGGAUGAACACAUGUUCCCGGUCCGAAUUGGAGACAUGCGAAUCAUGGAAAAUAACUUAGAAAAUGAAUUGAAGAGCAGCAUUUCAGCAUUGAAUUCUUCUCAGUUGGAACCAGUGGUCCGAUUUCUUCAUCUUCUGCUUGAUAAACUAAUACUUUUAGUUGUUAGACCUCCUGUCAUUGCUGGCCAAAUAGUUAAUCUAGGUCAAGCAUCUUUUGAAGCCAUGGCAUCGAUUAUAAAUCGGCUUCACAAAAACUUGGAAGGAAAUCAUGACCAGCAUGGCAGGAACAGCCUUCUUGCAUCAUAUAUCUAUUAUGUUUUUCGCCUUCCAAAUACUUACCCUAAUUCACCAUCACCAGGUCCUGGGGGUUUGGGAGGAUCAGUGCAUUAUGCCACAAUGGCUAGAUCUGCUGUGAGACCUGCAAGCCUUAAUUUAAAUCGUUCUCGGAGCCUUAGCAAUAGUAAUCCAGAUAUAUCUGGGACUCCCACGUCACCAGAUGAUGAAGUACGGUCAAUCAUCGGCAGUAAGGGUUUAGAUCGCUCCAAUUCCUGGGUUAACACUGGUGGUCCAAAAGCUGCCCCAUGGGGAUCCAACCCCAGUCCAAGUGCAGAAUCAACACAGCUUUUUCAUGAGGAGCUGGCUUUGCAGUGGGUUGUUUGCAGUGGCAGCGUUCGGGAAUCAGCUUUGCAACAAGCCUGGUUCUUUUUUGAGUUAAUGGUGAAGAGCAUGGUGCACCAUUUAUACUUCAAUGAUAAACUUGAUGCACCAAGGAAAAGUCGUUUUCCAGAACGUUUCAUGGACGACAUUAAUGCUCUUGUCAGUACAAUUGCUAGUGAUAUAGUUUCACGAUUUCAGAAGGACACAGAAAUGGUUGAGAGACUCAACACCAGUCUUGCAUUCUUUCUCAAUGAUCUGUUGUCUGUUAUGGACAGAGGAUUUGUUUUUAGCCUUAUAAAGACCUACUAUAAACAGGUAUCUUCAAAGCUUUAUUCAUUACCAAAUCCAAGUGUCCUGGUGUCCUUGAGGUUGGAUUUUUUGCGAAUCAUCUGCAGCCAUGAACAUUAUGUUACAUUAAACUUACCCUGCAGCCUGCUAACUCCACCUGCAUCACCAUCACCUUCUGUUUCUUCUGCAACAUCUCAGAGUUCUGGAUUUUCCACCAAUGUACAAGACCAGAAGAUCGCAAAUAUGUUUGAAUUGUCUGUGCCUUUCCGCCAACAGCAUUAUUUGGCAGGACUUGUGUUGACAGAGCUGGCUGUUAUUUUAGACCCUGAUGCUGAAGGACUGUUUGGAUUGCAUAAGAAAGUCAUCAAUAUGGUACACAAUUUACUAUCCAGUCAUGACUCAGACCCACGGUACUCUGACCCCCAGAUAAAGGCUCGAGUGGCCAUGUUGUAUCUACCUCUGAUUGGUAUUAUCAUGGAAACUGUUCCUCAGCUGUAUGAUUUUACAGAAACUCACAAUCAACGAGGAAGACCAAUUUGUAUAGCCACUGAUGAUUAUGAAAGUGAGAGCGGAAGCAUGAUAAACCAGACGGUUGCCAUGGCAAUUGCAGGAACAUCAGUUCCUCAACUAACAAGGCCAGGCAGUUUCCUCCUGGCAUCAACGAGUGGCAGGCAAUACACUACCUUUUCAGCAGAAUCAAGUCGGAGCCUUUUGAUCUGUCUACUUUGGGUUCUCAAGAAUGCAGAUGAGACGGUUCUACAGAAGUGGUUUACAGAUCUCUCAGUCCUGCAGCUAAACCGGCUAUUAGAUCUGCUCUAUCUCUGUGUAUCUUGCUUUGAAUACAAAGGAAAGAAAGUGUUUGAAAGAAUGAAUAGUUUGACCUUUAAGAAAUCAAAAGAUAUGAGAGCAAAGCUUGAAGAAGCCAUUCUUGGGAGCAUAGGCGCUAGGCAAGAAAUGGUGCGCCGAAGCCGAGGACAGCUUGGUACGUACACAAUACCUUCUCCUUCUGAGAGAAGCCCAUCUGGGAGUGCGUUUGGAAGUCAAGAAAAUCUGAGGUGGAGAAAGGAUAUGACUCAUUGGCGCCAAAACACUGAGAAGCUUGACAAAUCAAGAGCAGAGAUUGAACACGAAGCACUGAUUGAUGGAAAUCUGGCUACUGAAGCAAACCUAAUCAUUUUGGAUACAUUAGAGAUUGUUGUCCAGACAGUUUCUGUAACAGAAUCCAAAGAGAGCAUCCUUGGUGGGGUGCUAAAAGUGCUACUACAUAGCAUGGCCUGUAACCAAAGUGCAGUUUAUCUACAACACUGUUUUGCUACACAGAGAGCUCUGGUUUCAAAGUUCCCUGAACUCCUGUUUGAAGAAGAGACAGAGCAGUGUGCUGAUUUAUGCCUCCGGCUCCUCCGACACUGUAGCAGUAGCAUCAGCACAAUACGGUCACAUGCUAGUGCCUCCCUUUACCUACUGAUGAGACAAAACUUUGAAAUUGGGAAUAACUUUGCCAGGGUGAAAAUGCAGGUAACCAUGUCACUAUCUUCCUUGGUGGGCACGUCUCAGAAUUUUAAUGAGGAAUUCUUAAGACGUUCUCUAAAGACUAUAUUGACAUAUGCUGAAGAAGAUCUGGAAUUGAGGGAAACAACAUUUCCUGAUCAGGUCCAAGAUUUGGUUUUCAAUCUCCAUAUGAUCCUUUCUGAUACUGUCAAAAUGAAAGAACACCAGGAGGAUCCUGAAAUGUUGAUUGAUCUAAUGUACAGAAUUGCCAAGGGCUACCAGACCUCUCCCGAUCUGCGACUGACCUGGUUGCAGAACAUGGCUGGCAAGCACUCAGAACGCAGCAAUCAUGCUGAAGCCGCGCAGUGCCUGGUCCACUCAGCAGCACUUGUUGCUGAAUACUUGAGCAUGUUGGAGGACCGGAAGUAUCUUCCUGUGGGGUGUGUAACAUUUCAGAAUAUUUCAUCUAAUGUUUUAGAAGAGUCUGCUGUCUCAGAUGACGUGGUAUCUCCAGAUGAAGAAGGUAUCUGCUCUGGAAAGUACUUUACUGAAUCAGGACUUGUGGGAUUACUGGAACAAGCUGCUGCUUCUUUCUCUAUGGCUGGCAUGUAUGAAGCAGUUAAUGAGGUUUAUAAAGUCCUUAUUCCUAUUCAUGAAGCUAAUCGGGAUGCAAAGAAACUAUCCACAAUUCAUGGUAAACUUCAAGAAGCAUUCAGCAAAAUUGUUCAUCAGAGUACUGGCUGGGAGCGGAUGUUUGGCACAUAUUUUCGUGUUGGUUUUUAUGGAACCAAGUUUGGAGAUUUGGAUGAACAGGAAUUUGUUUACAAGGAGCCUGCCAUAACCAAACUUGCAGAGAUAUCUCACAGAUUGGAGGGAUUUUAUGGAGAAAGAUUUGGAGAAGAUGUUGUUGAAGUAAUCAAGGAUUCUAAUCCUGUAGACAAGUGUAAAUUAGAUCCUAACAAGGCAUAUAUUCAGAUUACCUACGUGGAGCCAUACUUUGACACAUAUGAGAUGAAGGACAGAAUCACAUAUUUUGACAAAAAUUACAAUCUUCGCCGUUUCAUGUACUGUACACCCUUCACUUUAGAUGGGCGUGCCCAUGGAGAGCUUCAUGAACAAUUCAAACGGAAGACCAUUCUGACUACUUCUCAUGCUUUUCCUUAUAUUAAGACAAGGGUCAAUGUCACUCACAAAGAGGAGAUCAUCUUAACACCAAUUGAAGUUGCUAUUGAAGACAUGCAGAAAAAGACACAGGAGUUGGCAUUUGCAACACAUCAGGAUCCCGCAGAUCCCAAAAUGCUUCAGAUGGUACUCCAGGGGUCUGUAGGCACAACAGUAAAUCAGGGGCCUUUGGAAGUUGCCCAGGUUUUCCUAUCUGAAAUACCCAGUGACCCAAAACUCUUCAGACAUCAUAAUAAACUGCGACUCUGCUUCAAAGAUUUUACUAAAAGGUGUGAGGAUGCCUUACGAAAAAAUAAGAGCUUAAUUGGACCAGAUCAAAAAGAGUAUCAAAGGGAACUGGAGAGAAACUAUCAUCGCCUUAAAGAGGCCCUUCAGCCUCUGAUAAACAGAAAGAUCCCUCAGUUAUACAAGGCAGUAUUACCUGUCACCUGCCACAGAGAUUCCUUCAGUCGAAUGAGCCUGCGCAAAAUGGAUCUCUAAAAUAAACAUAGUUGUUUUAUUCUUUUGAAAAGAGCUAUGUAUUCAACAUUGAGUGUGACAAGUUAUGAUCUAUUGAAAAAUAAGACUUGGAACUUAAUUCUGGAAAUUAUAGCAUUAAUUUACUCAUUGAAGAAUGCAGUGGCCAAAACUGUCGAUUGUUCGAAGCUUGAGAAUCAUGGCUAUGGCUUCUAAUGUUCUGGUAAUAUGCUGUUAUCUUUUUUUAAGACAUUUUAAUGAUUCAAAGGUACACUAUACAUUUACCAUUAUUUACACCAUAGCUAAUGUUAAAUUUAUUUACUUUAAGUUUGUACUUUUUAAUUUAUAUUACCAUUUAUAGAUUCAUUUUGGAACCAUUUUAAAUGUAGUAAUGCUUAUUUUAAAGGUACCAUUAAAUAUGUGAACGUUUACACUAAUUUUACUGAGUGGGACUUUAAAAAAUUUCUUUUUUUGACAAAGGCAGAUAGUAAGUUAAAUGUGAUCAAGAACUAGUUCCAAAACUACCAAAAAUGGAAAGAAAAAUUGACAGUCACUUUACGGCCCCAAAGAGUCUCAAAUAAAUGAAUAAAUUAAUGGAUGUAGAUAUUGACAGCUGGUUCAUGAAGCCUUAAAACUGGUUUCUAAGCUAUUUUCCUUUUAGACACCCCAAAAAGGGAUUUAGAAUAAAUUGCAGAAAUAACUUUACCUAAUAAAAUAUUUGUCUAUAAAUUAUAGGGAUCACUAAUACCAGUGACAGUAUCUUGAUCUUUGACUCUCAACCUUAUUACAUUAAUGAUAUUGAUAAGAACUUAAUGACUCAGCAACUAAAAUGAAUGAUUCCUGUAUUUCAAAUUAAACAAGCCAGCUUAGUGUUCUAAAUUGUUAAAUUAGAAAUCUGCUUUAAGGCUAUAUUACAUCAUCAUGAAAAUAACACUAAGAGCUGCUCUUUGACUUUAAUCUGCCAGUUGAAUGAGAAGUUAUAUUUUUUAAACUUGUAUAGAUUUUACAAAGUACAUGUAAUCAGUAAAAUUAGCUGUUUUAAUUAAGAAUAUAAAAUUAUAACUUUAUAAGAAACUAAUGCAAACAUUUUUUGACAACUAUUUGGCAAGUUUUUCCAAGAAAGUGCAUUAAUGAUUUCUGGAUUGUUUUGAACAAUGUUUUUCCUUUGUGUGGUAUUAUAGCUUAUACAAAGUCAUCAUUUAUAAUCUGCCCCUUUGAUCUACUGACCAGUUACAUGAAUCACAUAGAACUGAUCAAAUUGAAUACAGUGCCUUUAUUCUGUAGUUGAUGUUGAAAACAAGAUCUCAAAAACAUCUGAUUCUCCUGAGUGCAUAGGUGAUGAGUGAUAUCUACCCCCUCUGGCCUACCUUUAUAACGGGCAGUAUCAUCUCAAAUUCCUCUUAUCUACAUCGAUUGGAAGGCUGAAUUACAAAAAGCUUUUUCAGAUGUGUGUAUAAUGUUGGACCACAAGGGGUUGACUCAGGAGUAUAACCUCAAAAAUAUAUUUGGUGACAGAGGAUCCAGAUGAACAAUAAGGAAAGAAGGAGUUAAGAAUGGAAAUUCAUUAAAACAAUAAAGGUAACAUAUACUCUCUUCUUUAGGGUGGGGAUGGGAGUAAACAUAAGGCAGAGAAUAUUAAAUAAUCCCGAGGUCAUCUCUUUAGGUUACAUUUAUGUAAGAGUUUCAAUUGUUUCACAUAAAUCGCAGUAACAUCAAUAACUUUAACAUUUAUAUUAACUAUGAAUUAUCAUGUAUUACUAUUUUAUGACGACUCAGAAGAGGCUUCCUCUUACUGUUAAAAACUGGUAUACUGAACACUUGCUAACUUCCCACAUACUCCAGUUUCCUUUAAACUUUCUCAUAUCAGGAAUCUAUACUAGUAGUUCUUAACCUUGACUGUCUCCUGAGUAUUACAGAAGCCCAGGUUCUAUCCUAGAACUACUCCAUCAGAAGCUUAUGGGUUAAUGUUCAGGGCUGUUUCUUUUUAAAAGUUCCAUUAGAGAUUUUGAAUGUAGGUGAGAACCAUGAUUUUUUAUAUCACAUCAUCUUAUGGAAGAAUGUAAGACAUUAUUUAACUAUGUAACUAAUUUAUUAGUUGACACUCUUGUUGAAAUGGGUGUGUUAUUCCAAUAACAUUUAUAUAUUCUUUAUAGUUAUUUUUAGUAUUAGUACCAAGGAUGUCCUUUAACAAGUCAUGAUAACUUAUCAUUUCCCAAUUUAAUAUAGUGUAUUUAAGUAAAAAUUCAACAAAGUUUUAUAUGUGUGCCCAAAGCAUCAUUUUAAGUUCUCCAUUAAUGUAUGUCUACUUGAAAGAACAACUAGAAUGCAGCAAUUCUUACUGGAAACUUCUUUUAAGUAUGACAACUUAGAUGGACUAAGCACAAUUUGAACUCUACUGUUUGAAAAUUUCUUUACUCCAACUGUGAGAAAGUAUUGAGUAUUAUUAAAGGUAAGUAUGCCUGUUCAUUUCUCCUAUGAAUGUGUGUACAAUGUGUAAAUAUAUUAUACACACAUAUUCUGUUCUUUAAGAGAAUUCAGCUAUAUUUAUGGUAAAGAUAUACAAGUUAAGAAAAACUGAGCAUUUGUAUAGUUUUUAAUCCUUUUAAAUUUUAUUGACCUGGUUUUUAAAAAAAGUAAAACUUAAGGUCACACCUCUAAGUUUGAUAUACUAUAUACAGAUCGUGCAGAAUAUGACUAUGAAGAGAUA